AUGUUGAACAUUGGUGCACGUAGUAUUGUGAACACGUCCCGCGUGCGGGCAAUCCAGGCAACGCGGUCGUACGCGACCAAGGAGGCAGCCCCCGUGACCCUCAAGAACCACAAGUAUACCGUCCAUGCUAUCGCUGCCGGGCAGGGUCGUAAGGGUGAAGUCGGGUCAUUAGACGAGACCCCUUUCUCUCUGCACCUCGCGAUGCCCAAGGUAUUGGGUGGCAAGGGCGACGGGACAAAUCCUGAGCAACUAUUUGCCAUGGGCUACGCAUCGUGUUUCCUAGGAGCCCUGCAGAUGAUGGCGGGCAAAAUGGGAAAGAAGGAUGCCGCAAGGAACGCCGUGAUCCACACAACCGUACAUCUCGGAGAAGCGGAAGGGCUGGGGGGGUUCGGGCUUGCCGUGGAUAUUAAGGUCGAGGGUGUGGAAGAUGAGGAACUGAUCAAGGCUGGACACGAGGCUUGUCCCUACAGUCGUGCACUUGUGCAUGGCGCAGUUGUGAAUGUUUCUAAGGCAUAG